GCUUCGAUCAAACUCUAUGCGAUCCGCUGCAUAUAUAGAGGCAAUGCUUGAGGCUUGAGCUAAGACUCGCGCUCUCCUCCCCGUUACGUCGGACUGGGUUCCACUUCUCAUUGCUGCUCCCAAGCACUUCGUCCUAUCAUGGCAUCAGCCGGACAAUGGAUGUGGCUCGCGAGAACGUCUGUGCAGAACGGAGUGGAUGAAGCCCACGACUUGUACCAGAUAUACCUCUCCAUGGUUGCUCCUCAGAAAAAAGUGCAGAUUUACAAGCAAUCAACGCACAGACUGGUGCUACUGGCUGAAGCAUUUGCUCUGUGUUGUCUACAAUCGUGCUCUAUGGAGGUGGUAGUGCAUACACCUAAGUGGGGUCAAUUCAAGAUAUCUCAGGACGAGCUGAGCUUAGAGUUUCAUAAUCUGAUCCAAUGGUACAAGGAAGUCAGCAAAUGCCUUAGUGACUGGGCUGCCUGGGACCCUAUAUUUGUCUUAACCCAAUGGAAACAAGUGAGACAGAAGAUACAGAAAGAACAGGAUGACUGUCCUGUGCUCAUGAAGUCUCUGCAAGAGUGCAUGUUUCCAGAUAAUGCUACCAGAGGCAUCUUCACGAAGCCAACACUGGAUGAGACUCUGGCUGCAGUUACAGAAGUAAUUUCUUCCAAGGAGCACUUGCAGACACUCUUCAAAGCAAGGCAACAGGAUGCCAUCUCCAUCAUAGACCUUUUGGAUGGGUUGAUGAACAUUGUUGAAGAUAAAAGCAGGCUCCACACUAGGUUGUUCCAUACCUUGCGCAAGAUGUGUGGAGAGCUUGGCAAGUUACCAACUGUGUAUUACUUGCCAAAGCCUGAGGGAGGUCCACUACCCUCUCAGCCACUGAAGGACAAUCCAGAAGGAGGGACCACUGGCAGGCUCCACCACCACCACCUUACAAGCACUCACCCAUCAAUCUUGUCAAUCUCACGACACAUGCAGAUCAUUCAUGAUAGAGCAAUGGAAACACGCUCUCGCAACACGGGUGUUGAUGGUCAUCAAGAGGACUUGGUCAUUGUUGGGGAGCAUCCCAUGGCAUCUGGUGGUUUUGCAGAUGUGUGGCUAGGCAGAUAUAUGAAGCAACAGACCUUCUGUAGAGAAGCUGUUCUAUGGAGAAGGCUGUCUCAUCCCAACAUCACACCAUUCAUUGGCAUUGAUGAGAAGAAUUUCCCCUUCUCUGCUGUAUGCAAAUGGAUGCCCAAUGGUAACAUUGCAGCAUACCUCAAGGAUUCCCCAGGAGCCAACAGACCAGAGCUGCUUGUUGAUAUUGCUCAAGGACUAGAAUACCUACACUCACGUGGUGUGUUGCAUGGCGAUAUUAAGGGCGCCAAUAUCCUGAUAGACGAAAGGCUCCACGCAUGCCUCGCCGAUUUCGGUCUAUCGGCAGUCACCUAUGAUCCCAAUACCGUGAACGCUAUCUCCACAUCAUCCAGUGUCAACGGCUCCAUCCGGUGGAUGGCACCGGAGCUCCUGAACCCGGAGGAAGCAGGGCUAGAACAUGCGAGACCGUCUGCGGAAAGCGACAUAUACUCCCUCGCUAUGGUCAUGUGGGAGGUAUACACCGGUCGAAUUCCGUUCUACAAUCUUACGCGUGACGCGACGGUAGUCUUCCGCGUUAUCCUUGGCAUCCGUCCUGAACGACCCACAGCUGCGACCUCGCUGGGGUUGUCAGACGACAUAUGGAACCUGAUGGAGCACGGUUGGUGCCCGCAAUGGCAGCGUCGUCCGCGAAUCAAGCACGUAUUGGAGAUUUUACGGGAAAGCUUACAGCGCUAUGGGCUGUUCGGCACGCAACCGCAGGCUUGGCCUCUUCCCGACCACGGCUCCGUGCAUUCCAGCCAGUCUGAUUCUCCUGUCAACGACCAGAGUAUCGGUCUACCAGGUAAUCAAUGACUUUCGAUUGUUUCAAUUGUCACUUACCGGCGGACAUAGAUUUCACUCAACCGCGAUCUGGGGAAGUUGACAGCGUGUACCGGCCAAGCUUCGCUGACACGGCUCCCGUGCUAGCCAACCAUCCGGGAAACGAGGAUCCUUCCAACUA